AUGAAAAGGUUUUGUCCUUCUGUUCUGAAGGUUGCUGAGGACUGUGAAAAAGAAAAUCCCCAAAUGAUCGCGUUAAGAGUCAGAAAAAGAGGAAAAAUUUCUUCUCAGAUGAUGGUUUUCAAAAGAAUGGUCAACUUUGAUGGACAAGAUCUUGAUCCAAGAGAUGUAUUAGAUGUAACUGAACAAAAGAAAGAAACACAAAAGUUUCAAGAUUUGAGUGAUGCAAUGAAUAAAAAACAUGAUAAAUCAAAAGUCAUUAUCGUAGAUGAUGCUGAUGACGUUAAACCACAGAAAUUUGUUUAUUAUGAAUUUUAUGAACAAACAGAUCAUAUUGGAACAGAAUAUAAAACACAAGUUGUUGUUGUUAAUGAAGAAGAUCUUACAAACCAAAGUAGUGAUAGUUAUGACCCUGAAGAUUCAAAUGAUGAAAAGAAUCCAAACAAUAGCUAUCCAACAACUCCAUCGUCUGAAUAUUCUGAAGAUGAAGACGAUGAAUUUUAUGGAGACUAUUCUAUUUCUGUUGAAUAUGACGACGAAAACAAUGAAGAAUUUUAUGAUAGUAGUGAAACAAAAUAUGACAUGGAAGAAGAUUGA